GACAUCUCAAAAUGGACUUUUGACAAAAUUCUGACAUAUAUAUGCAUAUAAUUAUUAUAUAUAUCAUAGAAAUUUAACAACUAAAUACUAAAUUGUCAAUCACGUUAAAAACUUUGUUUGCCAUAGGUGAAAUCACUGCCCAAGACUCUCUCAAAACCUUAAUCGGAAAUCCCGUCUGUAGCUUUAGUUUAUAUUAGUUGCCUGUGCAGACGAAAUUUGCCACUGGACAUUCUUUGUGACAUAAUAAUGAAUGAUGUUAUUAUCACUAACUUAUAUCAGGUGAAAAGUAAAUUGGAUGAUGGACAGCUUGCUUUAUGAUGGCACAAUAGAAUACCAAAUCUAUAAUCAGCAAGAGGCAGCAUUGAUGAUGUGUACAGGCAUGCGACUUGCCAGUGAAGAGGCAACCAAAGCUUUACACUAUACAGAGGGGCUUGAUCGUGAAGCCUGCUGUAAGGAGUUUGCUGUUGCCUGCUACAUUGGCAAUGUCAAGGUGGUUGAAACAUUCAUUGAGCAUUACCAAGAAGAAAAUUCAUGUACCUCAAGGUCUGACAAUGAAUUAAAUGAUUACUUAGAGAGUGAUGUUAGUACUGGCCAUUCAAAACGACCGCAGUCUGUUGUAAAUCAUUACAAUGCAGAUGGAUUGACACCAUUAUUGUUGACGAUCAUUGGUAGCCAUAGAAAUAAACUCAAAAUUUGCCAAACUUUAAUCGAAGCUGGGGCAGAUGUUAAUCAACCCCAACAAUUGUCAAAAGAGAGUCCACUAAUUUGUGCAAUACAGCAAGGAUGUGAUGACAUUGUUGAACUGCUUCUUGACAAUGGAGCGGAUACGCAACUCUGUGAUAAUGUUGGAAUGUCCCCCUUAUAUGUUGCCAUCAGGUGUAGAAAUAUGAAGAUGGUGUGUGCCCUUAUAAAAGCAGACUGUGAUGUGAACAUUGGAAGUCAAGAUCAUACGCCGUUGUUUCUAGCCACUAGGACAGGACAGCUUAAGAUAGUAGAGCUGCUUUGUGAAUCCGGCUGUGACGUCCAUAUAAAGAACAAGUACGGUGUCAGUCAUGUUUAUGAGGCUGCUUUAUGUGGUCAUGUGGAUGUUUUACGGUACUUGUUAGAUCAGCGAUGCACUGUCAACGACCAAGACAUGUACAACCAGUCACCGCUCCAUGUUGCCGUGAUCAAGGGACAUCACUCUUGCACAAAGAUCCUUGUUGAAGCUGGAGCUAACUGGCGUCUUCGCAACUACAAUCGAGAGGCAGCCUUGGAUUUGGCAUUGAAACUGGGACGGUCUGAAAUUGUUGAGUAUUUUUUUGAGGAAGGACUUGACAUACUACCAAGAGGGGCUAACCCCCAAGGCUUGGUUGGUUUGGUGUCAGUGUUUGAGCAUGGUCACACAUCAACUCUGGAGGUCUUACUUCGUGGCUGUGCAAGGCUUCCUAUACUUCACUGUGUCGGGGUUCUUCCGAUAUUCAGGAACAAUGUACAUCUCAUGAAGUUGCUGUUGCAUUCUGGGAUACAGACAGUACCUUCAAUGCUAUUGGCCAGAGAUACCCACACUGAAUGUAAGGAGAUUUCUGAUUGGCUGAAAGAAUUCAAGUGCAAUUCUAGGAGCCUCAAGGACAUGUGUAGAAUACGGAUUCGCCGUUGCCUUGGAAACAAAAUCCUUUAUAGUGUUAAACAGUUGGAACUUCCAAAUGAACUUAAGCAAUAUGUUACAUUAAGAAUUUUAUGAAAUGACUGUUGUAUUUUUUAUCUGUUGUUGAUAGUUAUUAAUGACAAAACUUUAAAAAGAUUAUUUUAAGUUUUAACAUGACAGUUUCUUUAUAUCAGAAUUUUACAUAUUUUGGCUUGUCAGUUUUGUUUUUAAAAAAACAAAAUCAAAACAUUGUGACUGUUCUUGUUUAAUCUUCAUCAUAUGACAUAAUGCAGUCUUAAACUCUCUUCAUAAUUAAUUUUUUUAAUCAUUUAAGAGGUUCCAAUGAAACUUUGUACACUUGUUGCUGCUAGAGUUAGUGGCUCUUAUUGCUUCAAUACUUUUUUAAUUAUGCCUCUUUUUGUUACUAGAGAGAAUGUUGAUGUGUGUUAGACCAAUGAUGUCAUAAAUAGCGGUAGGAUUAUAAUGAUAGUUUUUAUGAUAGUUUGUCUGGUUAGUGCAUGCUUUUCUCACCAAGGCACCCGGGUUUAAUUCAUGGCCAUAAAAAUAUAAAUUACCUAAAGUUGGUCAUGACCAAUCAAUAACUUGAGAAGCCUUUGUAAAAUCAUUACCAAAUGUGGUCACAAUGUGUAUGGGUUUAAUAUCUUGGACAAGUUUGAUAACCAGCCAUAUCACCCUAUUCAUUAAGAGUUAUCGCCCUUUUAUUAUAGAAAUUACAUAAAAUUAGUCUUGUCCGAUCUUUAACUGAUAAAGUCUUUGUUGAAUCAACACCAAAUUUGGUCAGAAUGUGCAUGGGUAUAAUACCUUGGAUGAUUUCUAUAACUCGCACCCAAGAGUUUUUGCCCUUUAAAUAUAGAAAUUACCUAAAAAUGUCCAAUCAAUAAUUUUAUAAGCAUUUAUUUUUUAGAACGAAAUUAUUACACAAAUGAUGGAUCUAUUUAACUUGAGCACUAAUUUUUACAGAUUGCUGUAUUUUUUUUUGUAAAAUGUUAUAAUUUGCUAUGCUGACAUUAAUCAUAUGCUAGUCAUUAGAAGUCUGCUGGUUAGUUACACUAUUAAACUACUAAUAAAUCAAUACUGAGCUUCAUUUGAUAAAAUAUAUUUCUAUUGCAUAUCUAGGCUUAAACACAUAAUUGGGUCAUGUUUUCAACUUAGAGUUAUUUUUCAGCGAGCGUACACAAAAUUUCGUAAAAGUCGAGCAUUUCAAUUUAUAUUUUAUCGUGAGUAUCACAAAUCAAUUGGAGUAAUUUUUUCAAUCAGCAUUCACACAAUUUUCUAAAAUCAAGCAUUUCAAAUUAUUCUUCAUCGUGAGUAUCACAAAUCAAUUGGAGUCAUUUUAUGAAUGUCUGACAAAAUAGUUGUUAAUCUUAGCACUUUAGUUCAAUAUAUAGUAAGUGUUACAAAUCAGUUUAUAACUUGAACUUGCAAAAAUCAAAUAAACAUUUCCUAUACUGACCAGAAGGGUCAUAGUUUUAAAUCAGAUAUUAUGACUACUUGAAAACAUCAACGAGAACAUGCUAUUGUACCAUACUUGACGUUGUGUCUGUAAGAUAGCCCUUGUUUGUUUUAAAUUAAGUUUUAGUGAAGUUAGCCAUGUUUUUGUUGAAGCAUUUAUAUGGCAUUUAUUUAAGAUAUAUGUGUUGCAUUAUGGGAUUUUCGGACAACGUCAAUUUUUAUGACAAAAAUGAUUUAUUGACAUAUGAUUCUAGUUCGGGGCUGUUCCAUUUAAACAUAUAACCCUCGGGGGGAAGGCACUUAUAAAUUAUGCCACCCCACGUACAGAAGCAGAUUUACCCUUUUGGGGUCCAAAUUAGCGAAAACAGACACCUUUCCAUGACAAAAAAGGUGUAAAAAUGGUAUAUCUGUGAGAGUGCAGCUUUUAAGCAUAAGUGAAACAUUUUACAUAACAUGCUUCUGCUUUUGUCAUAAAAUGCAAUAUUGUUUAUGCACAAUUUUGAUAUUGUAAAACGUUGUUUGUAGAUAAACGUAAUUGUUACUGAAUAAAAAGA